ACCUGCGAUAUUUGUGGACGGGAGUGUCUCUCCAAAAUAGGGCUCCACAGCCACAUGAGGAAGUGCGCGAGAUGAACCAUAGUCGUUCUACGACUGAAGGAGGCCAACUUAACUUGAUACAUAUAAAUCUAAAUAAAUAAAUGUUAAUAUUACACCUGCUUCUAUUUCAGGAGACUGUGGUUUGGACGUACAGAUUCGCUGGGGAAAAUGUCAACUGAUUUUGGUACCUGACGAACACUUUGAAGUCGAACUUUUCGUUAACACAACAAAAGAUGCUGAUGGAGCCAGUAGGCCAGUGGGUGAAGUUACAUGCCAAUCGGGGCCCUUUUUAACUCCGCAAUCUCAAGUUUGCACCAUCAAUAUCACGGGGGAGGGCUGGGUACAAAACAAGACUUCACUUUGUGGCUUUUGGGAUCGUCAGACAACAGAGGGUUAUUUCAUCAUCAUGUCGUUCAAUGUUUCCAACUAUUUUGUAUCCCAAUUUCUCCAAUGUGCAUGGAGAGACCAGAGAGUCGAUUUGUUCUUACCGGAGUUCUUUACUACAAGCUUUUACUGGCAAAUAUCAUUCCAUUACACUUUCACAAGCCAGUUGAUUUUGUCGGAUUUGAAGACUGCGAAGCAUCUGGUGUUUGUUGAUAAUUAUUAUUAUCAAGUCGGUGAUUCGAGCAAAGCCCUCGGCUACUUUGGGACAAGGAGUGAACAGUUUACUAGGCUUGACCUCAAUUUGUUUAAUCAGUCGGCAGCAUUUAUCGAUGAAGUAAUUAUCCUUAUAACCAAAUGGCCUAAGCCUUAUUGUGAAUAUGUUUGUGAUUCUGUAGCUACUGUUUUACCGAAUAUCACUGUACAGGACACUGGUACAGGCAACCUGUUGGUUACAGUUAAAAACCAAAGAGGUCAUCAAGUUGUUGAUGUAGAAGUGGACGACAGGUUCGCAAAACAAAGUCUAGAUAAGGGCGGAUUUCUGUUGAACAAUUAUACUUCAUAUAGUGACCCUGAUCUAAUUCAUACAUUAACAAUAUAUAUGUCUCCGAACAAUGCGUCAUCUUGUAAUAACGCCAACAUUUGGAAUUUAAGUAAUACAAUGGUCACCUUGUCUCCUGACUGCCCCAGUGGACCAUAUGUCAAGAAUGGCUUUAUCAGACGUAACACUACAGCUUCCUGUCGCUGUCUUCUCUCUGGGGAAACAUUUCCUUCAUCUAGUGUCCAGUGGUUUGAUGCUACAGGUCUGAAUGUCAGCCAGUCUGGAAAGUUUAGUGACCUAAUUAUAGAUGGAAGUCAAGAGAGUGGGCAAUACUUUUGCUAUGAGACAAGAUUUAAUGACAAAACUAAAAGAGUUGCUUUUAAACUCGACUAUUUCGAUGUACCAGAAGUUGUCAACGUUACUGUCAACGGCGUAGACUCAGUCAACGUGAGUGUGGGUGAUACUGUCACUAUCUACUGUCAAGUCAAGUCAACAGAUCCGCCAUCUAAAGCUGUGCUUCUAGCUAGUGGUCUGGGAUCAGUCAAAGAGAUCAUUUCCACCAACGAGACACUAGAGUUAUCUCUCCGUGACUUACAGUGUGAGGAUUCUGGGAGAUACAACUGUACAGGGCGGAAUGGCUUUGAAGAUAGUGUGGCGUCAUUUCUGGAUUAUGUUGACAUCAAUAUAAAGUGUCCAAUAAAGUCUGUCCAGAAAAGUAACACAUUUCCGAUAAUUCGAGUGUCACCAAAUGAAAAUACAGUUUUCACUUUUGAAGUCUACGGCUAUCCUGAACCGACGCAAUACGUUUUAAAAACAGAAACAGGACAAUCAACUUCACUUAUUGAUCAGAGCAAAUACAAAGUGACCUUCUUAAGACUGACUCCUCCAUUGGGGCAGAUAACUGUGACAGUCUAUGACGCUAAUACAAGUGGAACGACUACUUAUGUUUUAAGUGUCACAAACGAUGCAGGGGAAAUAAUUCUAAAAUAUCAAGUUAUUAAGGAGCAGUUUUCUCAAAGCUCAGAAAUCCCUGUGUCCCAGAUCAUUGGAGGUUGUGUUGGUGGACUGGGAGGUAUUAUGUUGGUCAGUGCUUCAAUUGGAAUUUUGCUCUGGUUUGUAAAACGUCGCAGACAUAAAGGAAGCCCAGGUAAUAAUGAGAGCUAUGAUGUCCCCAUGCCUGAUACUGUAGAAGAAAACAGACUACAAGCAGAACAAACUAUCUACACAGAAAUUCACUUUGUCCAAGAAGAUAACAGAAAUUCAUCAAAUGACACAACGGUAUAGAAAACAGAACCUUCUUCACAGUAUAACAAUGUUGUUAAUGCUGUCACUAGAACAAUGUCAAGAGAACGUACUAAAUGGAACAUUAUCAUCAACAGAACAAUUGGGCGAUGUCUUCAAGGCAAAAAAAUGCCAUUUCCAAAAAAUGUCAUCAGUCAAAAUAUGUCCUCAAAAUCAAGCAACGCCAUCAAUUGUGUGAAAUCAGUGGUGUAACAAAGGGAUGUUGUGGGGGGGGGGGGCAGUAGCCCUGUGCGCCCCAGGGUAAGGGACAUCAAAAUGGGUUCUGAAACACUUCAUAAAAUAUCAGCUAUAAUUCAUUUUAACCCAACUGAGGUUUUCUUGUUCUUGACUACUGUAAGUCAGGAAAAGAAAUUCUAUAAGCAUAUAUAAUUGUCGCUACAGUUUUUUUUUCAUCUUUAACUCUAUUCUUUUCUUUAAAUCUGUUCUUUUCUUUAACUCUAUUCUUUUCUUUAACUCUAUUCUUUUCUUUAACUCUAUUCUUUUCUUUAAAUCUGUUCUUUUCUUUAACUCUAUUCUUUUCUUUAACUCUAUUCUUUUCUUUAAAUCUGUUCUUUUCUUUAACUCUAUUCUUUUCUUUAACUCUAUUCUUUUCUUUAACUCUAUUCUUUUCUUUAAAUCUGUUCUUUUCUUUAACUCUAUUCUUUUCUUUAACUCUAUUCUUUUCUCUAAAUCUGUUCUUUUCUUUAACUCUAUUCUUUUCUUUAACUCUAUUCUUUUCUUUAAAUCUGUUCUUUUCUUUAAAUCUGUUCUUUGAUCUUGUUUACAAUGCAUGUAAGUUUUAUUUGACUUACUAGCAAUGGUUCUUAUUCAGUUACUCAAUUUGUAGGGAAGCAUUCAAUGAAAAUCAGGGUGGCGAUACCAUUCAAUUUAUUUUUCAUCGCUCAAAUAAAAUGUAUUCUCAUUGAAGUUGGAAAUCAAUGAUAGAAAAUUAAAAUUUUAAUAACAUAAAAUAACAAGAAAAACAUACAAAAUAGUUUAAAAAAAAAAAAAAGCUUAUAUAAAGCGUAAUUGUAUCCAUUAGUUUGGAUCAUUUAUGUAAUUACAUUUGUAAUUGAUCAAGACUAACAAUAACACCAUGGAAACACACUCACACGCUCCAUAUCAGCCCUAUUGAUUGUAAGGUCUGAAUAGGAGAUAUCUACUAUUUUACUUAUAAUAUAUUUGACAAAUAUAUUUUUAUUUAUUUAUGUAUUUAGAUGUAGAGUUUUUAAAUCCUUUAUAGAAGAUUUUCACACAUGGCGGUAAUAUUGACAGCAGGCUUUUUGGAACUUCCAGAGUACUGACUAAUAAAUAUGAUUAUAAGUCAUGUCUUAGCACUGAAUAAUUACAUUUUCGAAGCCCUUCCUUUCGUAGGUUGUAUUUAGUUCAUAUUCAUGUUAUCAUCCUUGACACUUAUCGCAAAAGUUUCCAAUAUACAAGCACCUUUUAUAUAUCUUAGUGAAGGAAAUGUUAACCAGAUAAUUCCAAUCACUGAGGUAAUAAGUGGCAUACCUAUAUUUCGGAUGUUCCUUCAGGGUUGAAGAUAAUCUACUUCCUAGCUCAAACUUCCCGAAGGUCGACAUGGGGUGGCAGCGGUAAGGAUAUGAACUCGGGACCAUCAAGACGACAGAACGACAGUCCAGCGACCAUACCCGAAACCAGUCGUCAAAGUAGGCCUAAACACUGGUCUGCAACGCGCCAACAUGUUGGCAGUGGAGGUCUGUACGACGUGGCGAAGAGCUUGUUACGAGUAGAUGAGACUCUUAAUUAUGUACAAACUAACUUAUAUAUAAAUAGCAGAUGAUGAAUACUUUAAUAUUGAGAAACCAUUAAUAACAUAUCAAUAAUAACUUAGUUUACAUGAGUCCAUCUUGGAUCUUCUCUCUCUCUCUCUCUAAACCUUUCAACACUUAUUUGCACCAUUCCACAUUCACGCUAUGCUGCGCACGUAACACACACCCCUUUUAGGUAUUUCUAUCACACCAAUUUGAUAAUUUUCUUACAAAGGAUAAUCAUAAUCUAACAAAAUCAAAAAAAAUAAAAUACAUUGUAUAAAAUCUACGUAUCUACUUUAUACUACUUAUACUCUUUUACAUUUCCUAUGUGGCCUUUACAAAACUUCUAUAAUGUAGUACCCUAAACAUAUAUGUAUGUGCAGCAAUGAUAUCCAAUUUAGUACAAAUGUAUUUGGUCAGUGUAGAUUAGAACAAUAAUUAGUAUCCAUCAUUCCCACCUUUUCUAAUCAUAUCUAUAUAAUUCUAACAUUAUUGACAUGCCAUCCUUUCCGCUUCCCUCCUUUGCAAUGAUGUCCCAUUGUGAUCCCACUACAGAAUGAGCUAGCUGUACUGUUUCCAGCCUGCUAAUGUCCAUUUGUCUUCAGGGUAUUCCAGUUCUCAAUGUUCAUUUUGUCUUCGUUGAAUAUCACUCCUUUAUAUUUUGAAAGUUUAUUCGCUGUUAUGUCACUCUUUCUUUUAUCUCUUUUUCUUGGUCUUUUUUUAAACUUUUUCUCCGCCGGCUCCUUUUCCAAAGCCAAUCUCUCUCUUUCAAUGGCAACUAAUUCAUUUUUCUUUUCUCUUUCAAUGGCAAACUUUUCGUUUUCUCUUUUUUCCUUCAUAACUAGUCAAAAUAAGAAUUAUUAUCAUUAUUAUAUUAGAAACGAACUGAUAUUUAUUCUCUGUAGCAGCCAGGGUCGAGUUUCGCUAAAGGGAAACAAAAUUCAUCGUAGUCCCUUUAUCAGUUUCCACUGAGGAAUUUUCUGGUGAUGUGGCAGGUCUGCAGCAGUACCGACCUCUGACACUCAACGAGAAUGUUCCUAGGAAUGCCAAGAGCCUUGAAGGUAUCUGUGAGGUAAAUUGUUUUUAUCCCCUUGGUUGAUAGAACAAUGGGGUAUAUUGUUGUUUUAGAUAACUUCCACGAACGCUUAAUCUCCAAGCCUCAAGGUUCCCAUAUUUCGUUGUUUUUCUAUCUCAGUUUUUCUUAAAUUGUGAGACAGUGGUACGGCGAUAUCAAUAAUGGUAGCGGCUUUUUCUUUUUUAUCGAUGAGAAACAGAUCAGGGCGAUUAAAAUAUAACGUUUUGUCGGUCAAAAUAGACCUAUCCCAGUACAGUAGAUGAUCCGUAGACUCACCUAACCCUACUCUUGUGGUGAGUAUUUGUAAUAAGGAGGAGUAUCAUUCCAGAUCAAAUUAUGUGUCAAAGUCAAGUGUUGGUGUAUUAACUUUGCAACUUGGUUAUGGCGACCUAGGUAGGCGGAUUUUGAUAAGGCUGAACCUCCUGCCAUUAUGUGUUCAAUUGACUCACUCACAUUUCCACAUUUUUGGCAUUUGUCAACAAUAUUGAGUUUCAGGAUAUGUUUCUCGUAAUUUUUUGUCCUGAUAACUCUGUUUUGUAUUGCUGUAACAAAGCCUUCUGUUUCAAGGUAGAGAUGACCUGCUUUGAGCCAUGUUAAGGAAGCAGUCUAGUCAAUGUUGUCCCCACCUAAUAAAGCCGGGAAUUUUCCGUGGAGUGUUUUUUCUUCCCAUUCCCUACGUCGUCCAAACCGACAUUAACAUCAACAUUGUGUUGGUUCAGAGGGGUUGCAUCGGAGUCGUAUUUGCGUAGGAAGGCGUGCAGUUUUGAUCGUAUUUUUGAUACUUGCGUCUUACACAGUUGAGAGAUGUUCUGCAAUCCACGGCCUCCAUCCUUCCUGGGCAGAUAUAACCUUAUGGUGGAGGACUUGGGGUUUAAACCUCGAAAUUAUUAUUAUUAUUAUUAUUAUUACUAUUAUUUUUAUUAUUAUUAUAGAAAUGAACGAAUAUUAAUUAUAUGAUACUGCUUAGGUUUAAAUUCGUUUGAGGGAAACACACAUCCAUUGUAGCUCAUUUAACGCUAUCCACUUAACAAUGUAUUCCGGUGAUUGACAUUUCCACAGCAGUACCAUUUUCUGAUAGGCUAUAAGAAUUCUCUAAGGAAUGUAUAGGAGGGCCUCGGCUGAUACAACAGUAGGUUAUGCAAAUAGCUAAACUCCAUAUUAUAAAAAUGAUGUUCUUCUUCUUAUUAUUAUUAUUAUUAACAUUUGUGAAAAAGAUGCUUGUUACUUUGUUAGAUUUUUGCUUUUGUUAGUAAACUGAAUUCUAGUUA